CCCACUCACCGUUCGUGUGGUACAUCGCUGGUCGAUCCCUUACGACUCUUACGACAUUCCUCUGCUUUGCCUUGCUGGUCAAGACACGGCUAACUCCAACCUCCACCCCACACAACCUCUAGUACCAACUUGCCUUCAAACAUCUACCUACCCACAACCAUCAUGUCCCAAUCAAUCCUAAGACUCGGAAUGACAUCACCCACCGCCGCCCGCGCCUUCAUCAUGAGCAGCAGCACCAUCAAGCCGGGCAAGUCCAUUCUCAGGCGCCCGACCGCCCUGCCCCUCUCGCCCUCAGCAGGCGCUCUCCCCUUCGCCGCGAGCUUCUCAGUACACCUGUCCCCCCUCGCCGCUUCCCCACACGUCCGCUUCCCACCGUCCCCAUCACUCAUCAAUGGGACCAUCACAGCGCACUCUGCCAACAGUUACGAUCGUGCCCCCAUCAACGUCUCGCCGAACCCCGUUGAGCUGCCCAAGAGGCACACGAGGAUAUACUCACCUUCGAUGGAGGCGUUCAAGCUCAACUCUCCACCGAAAGCGACCAUCGCUGCCCGUCGUGCGCGGAGGAGGGCGUCAAAGUCCAUCUUGUUGAACCCCGCUCCUCAGUCACCUGCGAUUGUGGGUUUUGAGGAUCCUAGGUCUCCGAAACCGAGGGCUGAGGCGGGCCAGAGUAUCCGCUUCGCACCGUUUGCAACGGUAUCUUCCCGACAACCUAGGGAUCUAGGGAAAUCACUGUCUUCGUACCCGCGGUCUCCUUACCCCUCCGCACCGCUCUCACCGCAGGGCGUCCCCUGGCCAUCGAAAGACGUCGAUGUCAUUGGUCAACGAACACGUGCCCAGUCCAACGAGGAAAGGAAGAUGCCUAGCAAACAACGUCGUGCCGCGGCGCCGUUCACGCCCAUUCCAUCUCCUCUUAACCAAUCCUUCGUCGUCCCCAUACCGUCAGCUCGGAGACCUGCACCGCUGGAUCUGGCGCCCACACAAGAUUCGGAGGAGCUCAGUAACGCGUUCUGGCAGAGCAUGACGCUAGAAUCAGCAGACGAGGACGAAGUGAUGGUGACAGCCCUGGAGUACCCUUCCUCCGCGUCUGCAUUAGACGUCCCAAUGAGUGCGUUAUCCCAUCUCCCAGCACGGGUGAGCUUGAUGUUUGGUGGUAAAGACGGGGCUUUGUGGUCUCCCCAGCUGAGGCCUGAGGGGAUGUUGAGUCCGGGAAGGAAGACGGCGUUCAAUGGGACACAGAUGAAGAGGAGUUACAUUGCUUCGCCGUCUCCGCAUGAUCCGUUUGCUGCGUUUCCUUCAUUUAGUGUUGCGUUGCAGAAGGGGGAUAGCGUUGGUGCUGUUGCGUACCCGCCUAGAGCUGUAUUGGAGGGGUUCUGAGGUGGUAGGGAUAUGAAGUAGGCUAGUCUGGUAUUGAAGUGCUUGUUGAGAACGAGAAUUGUGUGUACUUUUACGAUGGACGGUUUGGAAUUGAUCCUUGUCGUGACGAACUUUUC